CAAUGGCUGAACACCGGAUGCGAGAUAUCCGCUGCAACAACAAGCGCUCUGUUCCCCCUUCAGCUUGACGCCAUUUACAGCCCAAAUCCCGACCUCCCCUCCGGAAAGAGUGAAAAAAAAAAAACUCACACAUCAGAAAAAGUACUCGCAAGCCCACCGAGCUUUGCUGAUAAAACACACCAGAUUGAAAACACUCCGCGGCGCUCCCGUUUCUCCUUUUUUACGUUUUCUUCCUCGUUUUUGAAGAAGUGUGGACUUGAGUGAAGUUUUACACUCGGGUGAGUGAUGUUUUCGCCCGUUUAAAGCCUCGUGCUCCUGCGCAAAACAUGGGAUUUACGUCUUAGCGCCGCCGUAUGAAAACUUUCUCAAUGGAUUUUAUCAUCGACUUCCCAGGCUGAGUAACCGAUGAAGGGACUCGACUCUCUCUCCAUUUGGAUUUAUUUCAUCUAAGCGGGGGCUAUAGCGUCGAAAGCACGGUAUGUUGAUCCUUUUUGUCAACCACGGACUGUCGUGGAAAGAUUUAAAGCAACCUUUUUUUCUGUUAAAGUUGAAUUUAUGAAGUUUACAUGCUUUAAUCGACCAACUAGUCGACUCUUGGGGGAGACAGAUUAAUGUUUAUGUUUUAAAACAGGGUGUUGUCUUACUUUAUACUCAUUAUUUAUCAUCUUAAACAUUGAAAAUUUAAUCGAUUAAUCGCAGGUGUGCACUGGCAAAUGAAUUAUCUCACAGCUGGGUUCAGUUUGAUUAGAAAAUAAUCAAAGUUUGUUUGUUUGCAUGUAUCUAAGCUACACCCUUUAACUUGGCCCUCUAUAUACUUUCCAAAUGCAAACACCACCUUUGCUGAAUCUUUGUAUUCAUGUGGUUUAUAUUGACUGUAUGAUUUUUGUCUAUGAUGUGUGCAUAAAAGUCAUCACUUUGCCUUAGUUAAAUCCAGCCAGCCCCCCACUCAUCAUCCAGCCUGCACCAAGGCCCUGUAAGUAAAUAAGGGCCCUUACGUCCCCCCACUAUCUUUUAAUUUGCCUGUAAGCCCUUCAUUUGGGGCUUAGAAGCCCAAAGAAACCCCCCACCGCUCGAACACAUCACUCACACUUAACAUGGACCCAUUCAUGCACCAACCAGACUUUUUUUUAUCUCGUCCCUCAUCUGCUUUUCAACGGUGUCAGUAUGUAAAAAUGUGUUAAAAUAGGGGAAGGUGGCUACAGGCUGUUUUCAUGCGUCAAACAAAGCCCUUUCCUGUAUUGACAUUAAAAGGAGGAUUUGAAAGCUAAUUACCUCAAGGAAGGAGAAUUAAGGAUACUACUGUCUCUUUCUUUCUUUGGCAUGAUAUGCUGGUGAAAAAAGGGAGUGAAUAAACAUUAGCAUAUCACAUUGUCACCCUUUGUGCCAAAUAAUGAUUGAACUGAAUGCUAAACGAUGAGACGUUUGUAUUUUUCAAGGUUUUCAAGUGAAAGAAAGCAUAUUUUUGGUGUUGCAACAUGAGAUGUGGUUUAAGUGCUCAGUAAACUACUGGAAACAUUUUGCCGUUGCAUAAAGUUGAAUAUCUGAUCAGAAACGUAAGCAGAUCCCAGAGAUGUCACCACUUAAGUAGCAAAAUAUGUGAAAAAAUUACCCUGGUUUGAAAGCACCAAUGCAGAUCGAGUAGAGUGCGAUUUUGAGAGUAAGAUAAAGCUUUAAGAUUUGACGCUGAAGAUUGACGACUGCGAUAAUUCAGAAAAUGUCACCCAGAAUGAAGAGUGAACAGGAAAUAUCGUCUAUCAAUGUAAAGGAUACACGGCUUACUUUGUAGUCGUAUUUCUUAUGUUUUAGCUUAAAAUUUACCCGACAAGAUCAACAACAUUUUUGUUUGAACACCAACAUCAAAAACUUUGAAUCGCUUUGUUCAAGAUAAGGCUUAAGACAACAUCCAAUUCUGCGUUUCCACCUUGCACUCUAGUUGGGUCCAGCACAGAUCUUUUCUCUCGCAAAGCCACCAGCUAAAUUCACAAUCUGAUCGAUUUAGAGUUGAUUUUUUGGUUUUUAAAUGACGGUUGCGCUAUCUUGGCUGUAGCUAGAAAGCCAGGUCGUGAACGAAACAAAACUAGUCUCAAAACAUUUCCAUCAAAUAAAUAAACAGUAAAGAGCUGUAAAAAUGACAGUAUUUAAUCGUUAAAUGUACAUCCCGUUAGGCUUUUGCUAACACGUCUUGCCAACUGUUUUUAUACGCCUCCUUGGUCGUAACCAAACCAAAGAGGGCAUGUUGCCGCAGACAGGAUUGAUUCGAUAUGACGUGUGAAAUCUGGACGUCUCUGGUGUUGUCAGAGGGUUAUAACAAGUAUAAAGCGACACGAUGGAGAUGAUUACUUCACUCUGAAGUUAUGUCCAGGACAGUUGUUUAGAGAAGAAGUAACUUGAGAGAGCCGACUCCAGAGGCCCAAACAUCCCUCACACAGACUUUAAACAUUGCACCACCUUUGUAAUCAAGCUUUUCAUCUCCGUCUCCACCGCUGUGAUGAUGAUGCCUCAUUUCCAUAGUGGUGCCUGUACAGAUAUCUGUUAUGAUUUGCAUGGUAUCAUUUGCAUGGCUCGGCACACACUGACUUAAAAUGUCUUGUUUCGUUUGCAGGACUUCAGAUGUGUCCCAUGCCAGCCAGAGCAGCCCUUCAGUCCCGAGAUGGAUUCCAGAAGUCAGAACGACAGCGAGGGAGGAGGAGGGCGCCGCGGGUGGUCACCGUCAUUGACCCGCUUGCCAGACAGGCAGCUCGGCGAAGGGAGACCGCAGCCACAGCCUCCGCCAAUCCAAGAUAGUCCAUCAGAUUCUGGGCUCACCAAUGGGCAGCCACCCCAUACCUCAGCAGUGCUAUCUCUGGAUCAGAUCAGGAUAACUGGGAGUAGUAAUGAGUAUACAGAGGGGCCCACAGUGGCCCAAAGGUCUCCAGCCUCACAGCUUAGGCAACAGAAGAGUGACUCGGCUUCAUCAGUAGGUUCAAGGACCAGCGAGCAGCAGGAGACCCAGGAAGAGAGGCAUAAUAACCUCCUCAACCUGCAUUCAUUGACCCAGUAUGGAAACACAAACACGUCUGUUUCUUCCAGGGAGAGUACGCUACGGUUAUCCAGUGCUGAAGACUCGCAGAGGACCAGUGAGGGGAGCAUCUCCUCAGGCCAGAGGCUCCUCGUCGGCCUGGCAGGCAGUAGCCAGAUAAUCAGAACCCAGCCGACAACUACAGAGAUCAUUUCAGAAGAGCUGAAACCCUUGAACAACGAGUCCAGGGCUGUGGUGGCCACGCCGGGCAGCAGAAGCUCUAAAAAUCAAGGUGCGCACUCCAACAAGUGUGAAGACUGCGGUCGUUGCUGUUGCGACGAGUGCACGCGCCCGCGGGUGCUUCCUUCCUGCUGGAUGUGUGGCCACCGCUGCGUGUGCUCGAUGCAGAACAUGGUGGAAUAUGGGACGUGUGUCUGCUGCGUCAAGGGGCUCUUCUACCACUGCUCCAGCGACGAUGAGGACACCUGCGCCGACAAGCCCUUCUCCUGCACACAGCAGCACUGCUGCGUGCGCUGGACUACCGUGUCCCUCCUCUCCCUGCUCUUCCCCUGUCUCCUGUGCUACCUCCCAGCUAAAGGAUGCCUAGCUGUGUGCCAGAGCUGCUAUGACCGAGCGUCCAGACCGGGCUGUCGAUGCAAAAACCCAAACCCUAUCCACUGUGAGGAUUCUUGCAAGCAAACGUAGGAGAGAUGGUUGUGAUCGUGAUGGAAAGGCAGAUGGAUGGACUUCAUGGAUAAUAGUUUUGAAGUGUUGAUUAGCAAGCUAAUUAUGCUGUUGUGUUUGAGUUUUCGUGUUUUCUAUCUUGUUUGACAAAAACCUUCCUCUCAAAGGCACUGGCGGUGCACACACUCACCCUAGCAUCCACUUGAAAGUAAACCAAAAUAAGCGCUCCCCAUGUUUAAAGGUAUGAAAAGAAAAGUGUCGAUCUUGUGUUGUUGCUUCAAGACUCCAAACAGAUAGCCUUUAUUUUUAACAUUUAAUACAACUUAUAUUCUAAGAACAGACUCCUUUUACUAACUGAGUAAAGUAGUAAAUUUAAAGUAGAGUCAAACAGAUGUUUUAUUUUUGUACAUACUUUGUAAUUCUUCAACUGUGAAGCUUCUGCCGCUCCAGUGGCACCUUGAUAAAUCUACAUUUCUAUGAAUCUGUCAACUCUUUGGUACAUUCACUGAAAUGUAUGUCAAUCAUGUAAUGUAAUUUACAAAGGAAAAGUCUUAUCCCUUCGACUUGUAAAUUGUACAGUGACCCUGUAUGAGAAAUUUAUUUUCUAAUUCCAACAUUACUUAGUGUAAAGUUAAAAGUAUAUAUAUUUAUUUGAAGGUUUAUUAUUUUAUAAUGAAAAAUAUUUAUUUUAAGAAAGCAUUGUUAAUGCGUCGCCUCUGCUGUGGCCGCAGAUACCGAGGUGACCUGUAUGAGUGUCGAAAGCUGGAUGAAUAGUUUACUAUGAAUUAGAAGACAAAUAUAUUAACGUUUGAAAUUAAACAACCUUGAAGUUUGACGGUA